AUGGAUGAAACGGUAGCGUUAGAUUCAUUACCGAUAAAUGGUCAGGAAUGUUCGAAUUUAUCGGAAUCACUACAGAAGAUACCUUAUGACGUUUGUCCAUUGGCAUUACAAUCUUCAAACUUGGCUCCUCAGAGUUCGAAUACGAAUAUCUUUAUGAAAUCGUCCUCUGAAAAGUGUCAUCAAACGCUUAAUGAUAUCGUAGAAUGCUCAUCGAAUAUAAACGGAUGUGUAGAGGAAUCUAACUGCAGUGUAUUAGCUGGAGCACCACAACAGAAUGGAUUUAUUAAAACGAAGUUUGAGGAAAGAUUUGAAAGAUAUAGCAGAAAUGAAUUUGAACAGAAAAACUUCUUGACCUCAGUUUCUGUGUAUUUCUGUUGGACUAUUUUGAUGAUUUUCGCAUUCUUUCGAGAAUUACUUCGAAAGCAUGGCAUCGAGAAGAAUUUUGCAGCUGUUGAAAGACCAGAACAGAAAGAUUUUGUGCCACUUUUCUCAGAAUUCGAAGCCAUUUAUGAACGAAAUUGCUACAUGCGUGUACGGGAUGUUUUUGAACGACCAAUUAGUAGUGUUCCGGGGGCAACUGUAAAACUUUUGGAUCGCAGUUCGGAUGAUUACAACUGGACUUAUAAAUACGCAGGAACUGAAACAGAAGUGAUCAAUGUUGGAUCAUAUAACUAUAUGGGAUUUGCUGAAACCGGCGGUUCAUGCGAAAAAGAAGUAGCAGCAGUUAUAGAUGAGCAGGGAUUGUCUACAUGUUGCUCCAUCCAACAGUUAGGAUUUUCAAAGGCACAACGUGAUCUGGAAAAGCUGGUAGCAGAAUUUAUAGGUGUUGAUGAUGCUAUAUGUUUCAGUAUGGGUUUUGCUACUAAUUCUCUGAAUACACCAUGUUUAGCUGAUGAAAAUUCAAUCAUAAUUAGUGACCAGUUCAACCAUGCGUCACUUAUUCUUGGCAGUCGAAUGUCUGGAGCAACAGUUCGUAUCUUCAAACACGGCGAUAUGGCAAAUUUGGAGGAAAUUAUUCGUAAUGCAAUUGUGUAUGGUAAUCCGAAAACAAAGAAACCGUUCACUAAGAUUUUAAUCAUUGUGGAAGGAAUAUAUUCCAUGGAGGGUUCAAUAUGUAAUUUGCCGGCUAUUAUUGCGCUAAAGAAGAAAUACGGUGCCUAUAUAUAUCUUGAUGAGGCGCAUUCUAUCGGAGCAAUGGGUCCACGUGGACGUGGGAUUGUCGAUUAUUGGGGUUGUGAUCCACAUGAUGUUGAUAUUCUUAUGGGAACAUUCACCAAAAGUUUUAGUGCAGCUGGCGGUUAUAUUGCAGGUAGCAAACGAAUUAUAAAUUAUAUACGAACAAAUUCGGCCGCAACUAUCUAUGCACUUCCGAUGUCACCUCCCAUUGCGCAGCAAAUCACAUCUUCAAUGAAAAUUAUGAUGGGUCUGGAUGGUUCUAAUGAUGGUGAAAUGCGAAGGCAGCGUUUGCGGCACAAUACACGUUAUUUUCGUAAACAUCUAAAACGUAUGGGUUGCAUUGUGUGUGGAUCUGAUGACAGUCCCAUUGUUCCAAUUAUGCUUUAUUAUCCUACGAAAUGCGGGUUUUGGGGUCGCGAAAUGCUAAAUCGUCAUGUAGGAGUUGUAGUUGUUUCGUUCCCAGCAACACAUAUGACUGAAAGUCGAGUAAGAAUUUGCCUUAGUGCUGCUCAUUCCAAGGAAAUGCUCAAUUAUGUAUUGGAUGCAAUCAAAGAGGUUGCCGAAGCAAGCAAUACCUUAUCAUUCCAGAUUAAACAGAAGUAUGCAAAUCUGGCGAUCGAUUGGUAA